UUUUGGAAAUUGCCAAAUUUGUACCAAAUGGUGGAGGGUAUUAAACUUACUUGUUUUGUUUUUGAAAGCAUUUUGUAAAUUCGAAACUGUUGAAAAUCCAAAUAUCAAACCUCAAUUUUGCAAAUCAAGAUUUCUACACCACAUUUUGAAGCAUAGAAACUGCUAAAAUGUUACAAAUUCGGCAACAACAAAAAUGUUACAUCAAAAAUAAUGGGCACUCAGAAAAUCAAGAAAAUUUCAUAUCUCAGGAUGAUGAGAACCCUUCCUCUGCACUACAAGAAAGCGGCGACAAUGGAACUCCAAUACAUCAAUUAAAUGAGCCUCUUGAUUUCCUUGGCAAGAUUCAAGCUUUGCGCAAGAUUUUAGAGAAGGAUAUGAUGGCCUGUGAUGCCAAAUGGACGUUGUUUGUGGCCACAGCCUUUAGUUAUCGGAAUACAUUUAAACUAAAACCCUUUCCUCCGAGAUUUCUCAAUGACACAACUGGGGAGCAUAAUAUUGAUGCAUUGAUAAUGGUCAUCAAUGAUACACCAAAACUCAAUGUGGUGCUACAUAACAUAAUUGGUGGACAAAUUGAUAAUAUGGAUCCAGAGGUCAUUGAAUUGCUCUAUUGGCUUUUAAUUCAGCAAAAGGAACCUGGUUUGCGUUUAGUAGAUUUGGAAGAAUUCAAUGAAGGCUUAAAAGAUGUGAAUAUAUUGCAAAAACCAACACAUAUCUUUGAAGUGAUUGAUUCGAAAGGAAUUUCAAAUUCUCCCACAAAGCUGGGAUUUUAUGGGCAAACUUUGGAUUCCUAUUAUUCGAUCAUAUACAAUGGUUUUUCUGAAGUACCGAAUAAGGAAGCUAUAAAACUGUAUGCCGAUCUUGGGUCAUAUUUGAGUACGACACCUUAUGAUGCUGCAUGGGGUGCCUCGCAGUGUGGUUCGCUUAUAUCUUGCAUAGCAUUGUGUGAAUUUGCAGGUGAUUAUAAAGUUGUGGCACAAGGAGGUGAUCAAGUGUACAAGGAUGUUGAUCCACUCAAAAUACGAAUGCGUUAUCUGUUGUUCUAUGGUAGCCGUUAUCCUGUGGAAGAUAAAACUCAACCAGUAGGCUUUAAAGGUUGGGGUUUGAGCCGCAAAUAUAUUUUAUCAUUGACAGCAUAUAUGAUCUUGAUAUGCUCGAUUGCUGUUGUAAAUAGUGGCGAUCGUGGAGAAUAUUUUAAAACAUUAGUUGUUAACAAAUUUGAACAACUUUUAAAAUUUUGUAGAAAAUUCAUCGCCUAAAUAAAUUAAAUUUUAAAUA